AUGGGUAAAGAAAAAGCUAAAAAACGUCGACGCUCGACAUCUGAAAGCUCAAGCUCAAGUAGUUCCUCAGAUUCCAGCCGGGAAAAGAAAAAAUUACGGAAAUUAAAAAAGAAAUUGAAAAAAGAGCAGAAAAAAACGGAGAAACUGUUAAAGAAAAAGCUCAAAGAGGAAAAGAGGAAACUGAAGCGCAAGCAGUCAGAAGAAAGAAGUCAAAAUCAGGAGAAAACCAAAGAUGAAGCAUCAUCAGACAUCCCCCUAGAGUUAAUGGAGAAGUCCAAAGCAAUGGCACCAAUGACCAAGGAAGAGUGGGAGAAACGACAGAGUGUCAUACGGAGGGUACAAGACGAGGAAACUGGAAGAUACAGGUUAAUAAAAGGUGACGGGGAAGUAAUAGAAGAGAUAGUUUCAAGAGACCGACACAAAGAAAUCAAUCGUCAAGCUACAAUGGCUGAUGGCAAUUUUUUUCAGUCACAAACUGGUCAAAAGAUAGAUAUGAAGUAG